AUGUCUACCAAGUCCAUCCUACCCCCUAAAAUUCCUCCAACAGAGCGAGUGGAUGAAGUCUACAAUGCCUUGAAGAAAGGCCUUCUGUCUUGCCUUCAAGUUCACCAGACAGACUUGGAUAACAUCAACAAAGAAAUAAGAAAAUCUAAACUUAACUCCAGACUGGGGUUCCUUUAUGAAUUUGACCAGCAAGCUAAGGUGAUUGAGACGUACAUAGGCACAUUGGAGGAUCACUUCUGCAAGACUGAGCAGAUUUAUGAAUCUUACAGCGAGAAGAGGAAACUGCGAGACGAGGCCAGCAACGUGAUAAAGGCAUGCAAAGCCUCUCCAGGAACCAAAGAGGCAAAAGAGAGUUUGGUGAAGGCUAAUCAUGAACACAAGAAAUACUCAGAGUAUAUUUAUGUAAAGGAGAAAGAGUUACAGAAACAGCUGGGAGAGUUCUCCAUUAAAAUGAAAGGACUUGCUGGAUUUGCCAGAUUGUGUGCUGGUGAUCAGUAUGAGAUCCUUAUAAAGUACGGUCGGCAGCGAUGGAAGAUGCAUGGAAGUCUAGAAGUCAACGCCAAACAAACGUGGGACAAUGAGCAGACGGUGUUUUACCCAAUCAUCCAAGAGUUUAUUUCCGUGAAGGUGACGGAGCUAAAGAGCGUAGCCAAUCAUGUGGUCAUAGGAAAUAUUUUCUGUGAACCCGUAGACCUGUUUACUCCACUACCCAGGACGGUUGCUGUGAAUGUUAAUGAGUCCGGAACGAUUAAACUGGUUCUUGAAGUCACCUGGAAUCCAGUUUCGGGUCCCUGCCCAACUUUACCACCAGGUUCAUCACAAAGUCUACCACCAGGUUCACCACCAAGUCUACCACCAAGUCCACCAGCAAGUCGACCACCAAGUCCACCUUCAUUCUCACCUAGCCCGGAUCCAUCCGGAGGCUCAGGCUCGUCUGUUUCGUUGGAACCGGUCCUUUUCUCAAGAUCUCCUAAAGAAGUGUGCACACCUCUGCAAGGCAUCCCUCUGUCUGAGAAUCCAGUGGAUCCCCCGGCACAUGUGAAACCAAACUGUUGGCCCAGAGACGGUGUCUUGGUGGACAACGGGCUGCAGGACGCUCUGGAAAUUCUCAUUUUCUCUCUAGACGAAUACACGGGACAUUUUGCCGAUUUGAAGAUGCUGGAAGACGAGCUAAAGCUGCUGCAGCAGACACUGAGGGGCUGCAGGACCAGCCCCCCACCCAGCAGGGCAUCGGGCAGCUCAAUCGACACACGAAUCUACGAAGAAGUGGGAGACCCUGCAGGGUUCACCAACGGGUAUCUUCACCAUCAGACACCCCCCCUCGAUACACCCCCUCUACAUCGAGGCCGGGCCGGCUCCUCCUCGCCCCUCACCACCGGCUGCACCAGACUGGACAACUCUCUGGUCAUCCACCUGCAGAACUGCAGUGCACAGCUGUUGCACCUGGGUGUGUCUGGUCCUCUGCAAUGCCGAGCCACGUACGCCUUGGACAAACUGCUGAGAGAGGCUCGCGUCUUUAAAAUCAUCCAUCACAUCAUCAGGGAUGACCCACACCGCCUCAAACAUCCUGCCCAAGUGAUACCAGAACUGGACCUGUGUGGUGGAGCCGUGCCGCUAUGGGAACGGUGUGUGGGGGAUAGCUGUCUGUACUGCGUCUCUGCUAAAACGUUCAUGAGUACGCUGUGUACACUUUACUCCGGUAUGCUGAGUGAGAGAGCAGACACAGUGCUUUCGUGUCUGGUUGAGCGAGUUCUAGAUCAGAGGUUUCCACAGCGAGGCAACAGAGACGGGCCGGUUGUGACUCUGUUCCAGCUGUGGAGUUACUUGGAGUCCAACGGCAUCAGCGAUAUGGAGUUUCACAUCAUUGCUCUUACAGAAGAAGUGGAAUUGGUGCAGAACCUUUUGUCGAGGGACCAGGAUGUGAUCGUAGAGACUCUGCACCUUCCUUCAGAGUGCAGCCUUCAGAGAGAAGGGAUGCAAACCAUGGCAAAAUUACUGACAGAUCCACGACAAAAAGUGUUGGCCUCCGCCAGCUCGGUGCUGAGAAUCCUGGCUGGUCAGCACAAGCAGAGAGAGCAGGCUUUGGUGAACUGUUUGGAGAUGCUGGAAGACAACGACGUGGACACCAGAGUUUGUGGAUGCAAAGCCUUGGCGUGCCUCAAGGCUACAGAAAGCAUCGAACAGCUGACGUAUCUCUGUGAGACGGACAGUGAGGAAGUUAAAAAAGCCGCCAUGCAAACGCUGCUAGAGCUGGGUGAUGAAGGGAAGAUGGCUCUCAGACGUUUGGAGAUGGCUCAGGAUCUUACCGGACUCUUUGCUCCUAGAACCAUGGUUCGACCAGCCUUCUACGAGCGCAUACAGGCAUCGUUUAAGCAGUGAAUUAUAAUGCACGUUCAUUUACUGGGAUGGCACCAGAAUACCAGUUGCACUGCUGACAUCCCACUGGAACAUCAGCUUUGUGACCAAUACUUUAUAACAAUCAACGCUACAAGAGAGGACGUCAAGUUUUAUUUGCAUUUAACCUUUAA